AUGGCGUCGACCUCGGGACGACGUAGCGCGUCCUCCCGCGUUCUCUGCGUUUCUUCGCCCCCACUACCACACGCAGAUCUUCGGCUACACCUGCGGCACGGAGGGGUCGCAGGACCGCUGCGACGACGGCGACGAGGUCGUCAUCUCGACGACGGGCCCGCUCUUCUGCUUCCGCGCGGACCUGAGCCAGCAGGAGGGGUCGAGCGCGCUCCUCUCGUUCACGACGUCCGACGACUAUCUGAGCGCGAGCGACAUGAGCUACGCGUGCUGCGACAUGACGGACUACUACGUCGUCACGGGCAACGUCUUCACGAACAUGGACUCGUUCGUCGCCGACGGGACGACGUGCGCCGUCGAGGCGCAGCCGGACAACGGCGCCUACGCGUCGGAGUACUGCGAGACGGGCGCCACGCUCUACAGCGGCAACGGCUGCCACGUGACCUGCGACGACGGCUACGCGGCGUCGGGCGUCACGCGCUGCGUCGAGGGCGCGUUCGUCGAGUACGCGACGUGCGUCGCGGACGCGACGCCGUCGGCGCUCCCGAGCCCCGCGCCGUCGUCCGCGCCGUCGGCGGCGCCGUCGGCGCUGCCGAGUCCCGCGCCGACCGCGCCCGCCGACGAAGCGACGUCCGCGCCGCCGUCGGCGCUUCCGAUCCCGGCGCCGACGACGUCGUCCGCCGAGUGCGCGGACUCGACGAGCUUCUUCUACAAGAAGAGCAAGUACGACUGCGACUACGUCGCGAAGAAGUCGUCGCGCUGCAAGUCGAAGAACACCGACGAGGGCGACGUGUCGUCCGUCGACGCCUGCCCCGUCGCGUGCGGCGCGUGCGACUCGGAAGCGGCGUGCGCGGAUUCGACGUCCUGGUACUGGAAGAAGUCCAAGUACGACUGCGACUACAUCGCGAAGAAGUCGAAGCGGUGCAAGAGCAAGUACGCGGACGAGUACGACGUCUCGUCCGUCGACGCCUGCCCCGUCGCGUGCGGCGAGUGCGAAGCGGCGUGCGCCGACUCGACGUCCUGGUACUGGAAGAAGUCGAAGUACGACUGCGACUACAUCGCGAAGAAGUCGAAGCGGUGCAAGAGCAAGUACACCGACGAGGCCGACGUCUCGAGCAGCGACGCCUGCCCCGUCGCGUGCGAGGCCUGUUGAUAAAUAAGUGCAAUGUUGCCGCCAAGUUGCCGCCGACGUUUCCGGCAAAGCGGCGCCACUCAUCGAGGCCCUCGGAGGACGCGUCGUGCAAGUACAAGGACGAGCUGGGCCACGUCCUGCGGCAGAGCGCGGAGAAGCUCUCCGUCGCCGGCGGCUACGCCGACGACCCCGCCAGGGCGCUGGACCUCCUGCGCGAGUGCGACGGCCUCCUCGGCCAGGCCGGCGACCUGGCGAAGCAGCUCGACGUCGAGGUGCGAUCGGCGCCGCCGAACGACAAGAAGGCGCUGCAGGACGAGGCCGCGCCGCUCCGCGAGACCCUCAAGACGCUCCAGCAGUCCGCGCGGGACGCGCGCGCGGCGGCGGAGCGGCGGGCCGUGCUCGGCGGCGGCGUCAGCGACGCGUCCGCGGGGAGCCGGGGGCGCCUGGCCGACGCGAACGCCAGGGCCCAGCAGCAGACGGACCUCAUCCGCGGCGCGCUCGAGAUCGCCCACGACACGGAGCAGGUCGCCGUCGACAUCUCCGGCGAGCUCGAGCGCAACCGCGAGACCAUCGGCAACAUCCGCGGCCACAUCGCGGACACGUCCGGCUCCGGGCAGGACAAGGGUGAUUCAACGUCCGGCUCCCUCGGCGCCGCGCGCGGCCUCAUCUCCUCCAUGCAGAAGCGCGAGGUCCAGCAGAAGGCCAUCCUCACCGUCGUCGCCGCCAUCCUCAUCGGCGCCGUCGGCGCCGUCUCCUACUACUCCUUCAACUAG